CUCCCAGUGCAGUGUCAUUUCACAGUGUUAACCCACCUCUGGAAUUUCAGAGAGGAGGAAGAGGAAGCAAAUUAUGGGAUAUAGAGUAUAGGAGCAUUGAAGAGAGCGAGAUUUUUUUCCCUAGAGGAGACUUUGUGCUCUGGAAAUACAUGAAAUCCGGCGUGCCUUGUGUAAAGGCUCAACUAAGACCUGUUCCUGUCUAAGCAUUUUAAUGAGCAUAAGCCCCCAGGAGGAAUAGUCGGAACUCAAAGCAACCAAAGUCAGCCCCGUGGGAAACAAAGCUCUCCGGCUGCUCACGGUCACAGACAUGCAGCCGCUCACCUUGGUCGGUGCUCUUUUUCUCCUGAUCCACAUCUCCUCCGGUGGUGCAGAAGCCCAUAGGCACUACCGACAAGUCCUUACUGGAAACCAAGCAGGUGUGUGUCGCUAUGGCAGGAGACUGGAGUGUUGCUAUGGCUGGAAGAAAAACAGUAAAGGACAGUGUGAGGCUCAAUGUGAGCACGGCUGCAAGCACGGAGAAUGUGUUGGCCCCAAUAAAUGCAAGUGUUUCCCAGGAUACACUGGAAAGACGUGUAAUCAAGAUCUGAAUGAGUGUGGUCUGAAACCUCGUCCCUGUGAGCAUCGCUGUAUGAACAGCUAUGGAAGUUACAAGUGCUACUGUCUCAAUGGUUACACCCUAAUGCCUGAUGGAGCUUGUGCCAAUUCCAGGACAUGCUCUCUUGCUCACUGUCAGUAUGGUUGUGAGGAAGUUGGGGGGGAGAUUCGCUGCGUCUGCCCAUCUGCGGGACUGCAACUGGGGCAAGAUGAGAGGACUUGUGUAGAUAUUGAUGAAUGUGUAACUGGGAAGAACCUCUGCCCAUACAACAGACAAUGUGUGAACACCUUUGGCAGCUACUACUGCAAGUGCCAGGAUGGCUAUGAUCUGAAAUAUGUUGACGGCAAAUAUGACUGUGUAGACCUUGAUGAGUGUGCAGCCAGCACCCACACGUGCAGCCACCAUGCUGUCUGUCUGAACACUCAAGGAUCCUACAAGUGCAGGUGCAAGUCUGGCUUCAGAGGCAAUGGCUUUGAAUGCUCCGUCAAGCCAUUUUAUCAGAGGUCUUGGGAUGGAGACAAAGGCAGUGCAGAUGAUUUCCUCAAUGCCAUCCCAGACUCCCAGGUGGGGCCCAGGAUUCUGGGAGGUAAGCUGGACGGUGAGGAUAUCAAAAAUGUUAUCCCUGAACCAGUCGCGACACCACCUCCUAAGAUCCGCCAGCAGCCUUUUGACUAUGAUGGAGAGGUCUACAUUGGCACCAGGACUGAGGAGAGACAGGAGGAUGAAUUUCCUCAGGAAGAGGAGGAGGAGGAGGAGGAGGAGGAAGACAACCAGCUCAAUCCAAGAGGAGAUGUUUUCAUAUCAGAGGACUUUGAAUCAGUGUUCGGCCCAGCCACAGAAGUCAAAGAAAUCAAAAUAGCACCAGUUCAGGAAGAGUUUAUCAUGGAUUGCAACUUUGAUCAGGGAGCAUGUGAGUGGGUCCAAGACAAGGCUGAUGACAUGGACUGGAGUGUAGCCUACCAUGACGAUGGUGCUGAGUACUACAUGGCCAUAAGUGGACUCCUAGGGCAGCAGGAGGACAUAGCCAAGCUGGAGUUGCUUCUCAGUGACCGGGCCCAGCAGGGCAGCUUCUGCCUCACCUUUGACUACCGUGUGGUGGGCCAUAAUGUGGGAACUCUCAGGGUGCUGCUGGAUAACAAUGCUUACCCAGUAUGGGAGCAGAGCCAAAGCAGAGACCAGGGCUGGCAGACAGAGCUCCUCAAUGUGGCCUGGGAAGAAGAAGCCCCACAAUCUAUUGUCUUUGAAGCUCAGCGUGGGAAAGGUGUUGGAGGAGAGAUUGGGCUGAACAAUGUUGUGCUGACCUCAGGGCCCUGUCAAGAGGAUGUCAGCCCAGUCUUUUAAGAAUCUCCACGCAGGAUUUACAAUUUGAAAAUGUGCUCUAACUGACAUGUCAAAGAUUCCUGUUUCCUGUCCGUAUGAUGGUCUCUUCCCUGGGGAGUUUCACAAUGUUUUCUCAUGGCUUAGCCACAGGACAUCCACAUAAAGAUACAGACACAUGGUCUCAAGGGAAGAUUAUGUACGAUCAGUGCAUGCAUGUUUACUUUAUCACCAUGCUGCUACAUCAAUACAUCCUGUUACAUUCUCUAUCGUGAUCUCUUUCGAUACAGGCAACACAGAUCUCAGGAAUAGGUGGAAAUGCUAACUUUGUCUGUUAGUUAGGUUUAACAGUAUUGUGCUUAGUCCUUUGCUGUGUAUGUGAUAGUGCAUUGCUGAAGUUAACUGAAAAUAAUCUAUGAGGUGAAUUAUAUCUGAAAUUCAAUCUGAUGAAUAACUUUUUUGAAGGCUGGUUAUUUUACAUGAUUAAAAGUAUCAGUGCAUAACUGCUGUAAAUUUUGCUUUCAUAUUAUACUGUACUAUUUCAUUAAAUCUGUUUUUUUUUUCUAACUCUGUCUACCAUUUCUGGCUGGCAUCGUCUGUGGGGUUUAAUCAUAUUGCUGUCUUUGAUAACGUGUUUAUGCGUAAAAGUUUACACAAGAGCAAUGCUGAGGUACUUGUGCUUUACUUGAUUAAACUGUUUGCUACCGUAUAUCUGGCUACUAAAUUUCAGAGGGAAAUACUGUACUUUUCACUCCAAGACAUGCUUUCUCUUUAUUGCGUCAGUAAAAUUAAAACGGUAAUCAACAGGGCCACUCUGCAUAAAACGCACAUUUACUUUCGAUAGUUGACCUACCUUUCGUUGCUAAUACUGUUGUACUUUUACAGAAAUAAAAAAGGAGUACAUGA